GGCUCCUUCUUUUCAUCAUUGCGAAGACAUGGCAAACCCGGAGCUCCAAUUCGCUUCCUCCUGGAUAUCAGCAUUCGGCGAAGCUAUCAGUCAAGCAAAUAUUGAUGCCGUACUUAACUGCCUUGAUCCGUCUUGCUGGUUCCGUGAUUUGUUGGUAUUCAACCCGAGCCUUGAGACUCGUCAUGGACACGACGCUAUCCGUGCUCAUUUGCAGCCUGUGCUCGGCCAGGCGAAAGUCUUGAAUGUCGUCCUGGAUACAAACCCUCAUGGACGACCCCAGGAAGCUCAUUUUGGUCCAGAAACGCCUAUCAUUACAACUGCGUUCGAUUUCGAAACGCCUAGAGCACUCGGAAAGGGCUUCACACGUCUAUACUAUCCAAAAAAUGGCGAGACUCCAAAGGCUCUUGCUGUUAUGAUGAUGGUAAACGAUUGGAAAGGUCAUGAAGAAGCAGGAAACGAGUCCGGGGUGUAUGAUGGGCACAAUCUGUCAUGGGGCGAGGUGUAUAGGCAACGGCGUGAGGAGGUUGAGAAUGACCCUCAGGUCGUCGUUGUUGGUGGAGCUCAGUCGGGCCUUCAAGUCGCCGCCCGUUUUCGUCAGAUGGGCAUCCGAACUCUUGUCAUCGAACAGACUGCUCGCGUCGGCGAUGUCUGGCGGAACAGGUAUCCAACGCUUGCGCUGCAUACUCCACGUUCACACCACAAUCUUUUGUAUCAACCGUAUCCAUCAAAUUGGCCAACGUUCACGCCACGAGACAAGCUAGCUAACUGGUUCGAACAAUACGUAGAUAAUCAGAAUCUCAUUGUUUGGACAUCUACAACUCUCGAACCAACACCUAAAUACGAUUUCGAUAGGAAACGCUGGACUAUCACCGUCAGCCGCAAUGGCAAGCCCCUUACACUUCACCCACAGCAUCUUGUCAUGGCCAUUAGUGUGUACGGAGAUCCAAUUAUCCCGUCUCUUCCGGGGGUUUCCUCUUUUAAAGGCACGAUCCUCCAUUCCAGCGCAUUUUCCGGCGGUGAGCCCUUCAAGGGACAACGUGUAGUUGUUCUCGGAGCAGGAAACACGUCUGCAGAUGUCUGCCAGGACCUAGUCUUUCGUGGGGCGCAGAGCGUAACGAUGGUCCAGCGCUCCGCAACUGCAGUCGUCUCAGACACGUAUCUCGCUGCGUCAUUCGGUUUGGCAUUUCCCGAAGGCCGUCCUGUGUACUAUUCAGAUCUUGCAUUUGCUGGGAUACCGCUCGGUGCGAUGCGCGAAUUGGGAAAGAAAUUGCAGUCUUUUGCAGAGGAAUUUGACAAGGAGAUGCAUGAAGGGCUGACUAAAGCUGGGUUCAAAUUGACAUCUGGACCGGAUGGUGCAGGACAAUUAGUUAUGGUAUUCGAUCGACAAGGCGGAUAUUUCAUUGAUGUAGGCUGUGCAGCGCUCAUUAUCAAUGGGAAAGUCAAAAUCAGACAGGGCGUCGAGAUUGAUCAUCUGAGCGAGAAGAGCGUCGUGUUCAACGAUGGUUCCAAGCUAGAUGCAGAUGCAAUCAUUUUGGCAACCGGGUGGCAUUCUGUUCGCAACAAACUCAUCCGUAUAUUUGGCCAUGAAGUCAUUGAUAAAACUAGCGAGCUUCUUGGAAGUGAUGAACACGGGGAGAUUCGAGCUGGAUACAAACCAUCUGGUCAAUCGGGGCUCUGGUUCGCUGGGAGCGACUUCGCUGUCUCGCGAUUCUAUUCGAAGUUGCUCGCAUUGCAGAUCAAGGGUAUUGAACUUGGUUAUUUAGAGAACUAAUAGUCGUAUUGGCUUCGUGUUGUGUAAAUGGUAUUGAAAAAAAGUGAGAAA